AUGAUGAAUCCACGUACGAAAAAAUCUGAGCUGAAUCUAUCCUACCUUGACGAUAAAACUGCAAAUGGAAUAAUAAUCAUUGGGCUUGUUUUGAGUGAGUAUGAUGCAAUAAUUUUACAUUCAGUAGUUUUUGGUAACUUCUAACCUUGAAUUACCAGUGCGACACUUCUUCAAAAAAGCGUUGCAAACUUUAUUCUUUUUUUCUCAUUGUGAAUAUGUACUGCUUCUUUUUGCAUGGCAUUUGUAAUAAAAAGUAUUUCUUACCCACGCUUUUUUAAUUAAUAUUUUAUUUUCCAACAUUCUUGACUUGAAAUUAAAGAAAGUUUCAAAUUACUGGAGGAAUUAUGAAACAGCGAAACAAAAUAUUACUAAACCCAGUGUCCUUCAAGAUAAGAGUGGUUUAUAACACCCCGCUGUUGACUAUGUCAUUGAUAACAAUCAAAGAAGCAGUUAAAAGGUUAUUUUCAUUCUGACUUUCAUACGUGCUAGCGUCGAAAUUUUCAAACUAACCUGCAGAGACGACGCCGCUAAUUGAAGAAAUAUCUUCAAUCUUCUUUGGCCCUUUAGCAUCGCAUUUCUGCAUCUGAUUCCCAUGCGAAUUCUGUGACUUUCUGAACUUUCCGUUUGUAAGAUCUUACAACAAUAAUUUAUUACUGCCAAAUUUAAGGACAACUUUUUUAAUUAAAUCAUGUGUAUUUCUCUUAUUACAUAUACUUCGCAGUUCUUUCGUUCGGAAGUGCUGUAGAAGGUAAGUUAUCCACUCUCUCUUUUUGUGCCAGCAGGUGGCCAGAGUAAUUAACCAUAUCUACCCCUCAAAAAAUGCAUCAUCACCCUCACGUCAGAAGUUUAAUUUAAAUUAAAAAGAGUUCGAGAGUUCUAAUAUCUCGAACCGCCGAAUGUUAUCGAAAGAAACCUGAUAUUAACCUUUUUCCUCCACAUCUUUGUUUUACAGUAUAGAACCGACAAGCUCUAUAUUGGUCAUUACUUUUAGCUUUAAGAAAAAAAUGGUUUUUAAAUAUAGUAGAAUUAAUAAGUUUCGGUAGUUUUAUUUGUGCAUAUUUCCAUGGCAUAAUUGUCGAGCGAACAAUUAUUUCUCAGACUUUGCAAUCAGCAUAAAGACAGAAAUUAGAAAAUUUUUCCCGAGGCAAACAAUUAAUUUGAAUAAGAUAUUAAAAUUAAACAAACGACGCGGCUCUUUUCGUAAUCUUAAUGCUGGCACUUGUUUAAAACAUUAAAACCAAAUUGGAGACCUUACAAGGAAUUGAUGUUAAUCCUGUCUGCACGUAGCUGUUUCCAAUCGAUCAAAUUGUAACCUAAAAAGGGAGGACUAUUGGGCACAUAAAGUAUCAGGCUUAAUACUUUUUUCUGGCGUUUGGCGUAAGUUGUUCCAACACAACGACAACAAACAACAACAACAAAACCAACAACAAAAUAAACUCGAACGUUCUAGAGAAAGGAGGCAGCUGGCUGAUUGGGAAUGCCCUUCUUCGAUCCAAGGCUUUUGUCCGAUUUGUUUUAAAAACACUUUUAAUUCAGAAACUCUUUCCUUCAGCAGCUGCUAAUUAAUUCCUUGGCCAAUGUUCUGCAAAUUUAUUUGCGGUUUCAUUGUGAACACAGUGGGGGUAUAGGUUUGAAUAAAAUCUUGCACGGGCAGCUGCUUCGUACCCAGACGUCUCUCUCUUGAUGAGAAUUUGCGUGCAACGGAAGGCAGGAAGGAAAAAACGGGCGAGACUCCUUCCCAUAGUCUUUUACGCUUCGUUACCACUCACAAGCGUUUCGCGCUCGCCUCUGUGCAGUGCUAAAAACGAAGCGCCUAAGGCAAGAGAGAAUGAGCUAAGCUUAGAUCAUUCUCUCUUGCCUAAGGUAGAGGCUGCUCGGGUAGAUACAGCGUAAAGAUUAGCUCUAGAAAAAAAAAAACAAAAACAAAACAAAACAAAAAACAAAAAAGCCCUGUUAAAAGUUGAUUUAAGGUUCUGGGUGUUAAGUUUGAAUGUUACUAAAACGGGGAACGAGCACUGGGGAACGGGAAAAAUGAAAAAUGGGAACAAAACCAAAUUUGAACGCGAAUCUUUCAUUUCCAAUUUUUUUUGCUCCCAUUUUUCAUUUUCCCGUUCCUCGUGCUCGUUCCCGCUCACCGUUCCCUGUUUUAGUAACAUCCGUUAAAUUUUAUUUGGUUUUUCUUGUUGUCAUAGGAGGGCAUUGCUUGCAAAACGCCAAACUGUUGCAAUCCGAAGAACUUGAAAAAGGAAACUGUCAAUCACUUGUCAAUGGAACGUCUGGUCCUUAUUACACCAUAAAAUGUCCUGUUCCUUACUAUGAUUAUGACUAUUACUAUUACCUUUACUAUUACAAUUACUGGUACUACAAAAAAGACUCAGAAAUACGCAGUUGCCUGUGGAACUGGUGUUCUCUCAUAGCUUUGUGCUUUAACGAGACUUCAGAUUGGAAGACGCUUUGCUAUAAGAAGUUUUAUUGGUUUCGAUGGUCCAAUUUUGACAUCUCCACUGCUACAAAAGAUGUUAAUGUCUCGAACGUGAGGAACAUUUAUAUUAAAAACUGCGGCUGGAAAAGAUCUCUACCUAGAUUCAAAAUCAAGGCAACAGGAUAUCGAUGCGCAUCAAAAACCGCUCAG